AGUCACUGUUACUUAUCACAUUAUAUAGAAGAAUAUCAUAAUGAAGUAUAGAAUCUACGUCGUGAUUCUGUGUUUGGUAUACCACCUUAUACAUACAAAUGGAUCAUAUAUUCCAACCGGAUCUGGGAAAAACACGUGCAAAGAAAAUGUAGAUGCGUUAGAAGAUGUCAUUAGUGCACUUUCAAAUUUUUACACUGUGUCAAGUUUUAAUACAACGAUGUAUGCACCACCAAAGGAUUUUGUACGAGUUGAUGAGCAGGAGUAUUCUAAUAUUCGCAAGUAUUGUACUAACUUCAAAACAAAAUUUCAAAACAUUUUGGAUUUCAAAUUUCAAGGAUCUUCAGUAAAAUCUUCCACCAGCCAUUUGGCAACGUGUCCGUGGGUGUUUGUAGACAAUUAUGAUGAAGACAGACUUCCCAAACUCAUUUAUGAGGCAAAAUGUGUAUGUAGCCGUUGUCUACAUAAAACAAAUGGACAUAAAGAUGUACAGCUCGUGCCUGGCCUGGGACGCUGUAAACCGGUUAUGACGUCAGUGAUGACAGUCAGACGACAAUGUAGGCACAAUUCGGACGUGUAUGAAUAUGUAGCGAAAGCUGAACGAAUAUCAGUCGGAUGCACGUGCACAAGUCCAGUUUUCGUUUAAUGAUAAUUGAUUCGUUUUCUUGAUAGCCAGUAAGAUGAAUUAAUAAAGUAUUAGCUUUACUCCUGAUACUCAUUGACCUCUGUGAAAGUCUGAAUAUAAUGUUGUUAGAAC